AUGACAAUUCAAUUUGUAAAGUUUAUAUUCAUCAUCUAUUCGAUUUUCACCUUCAAUGUAUUUGCUGCGGUAUUUGUUAUAGAAGUUGGUAAAGGCGAUGUACCGCAGUUUUCUCCUCAGAAAAUGACUGCCAACAUAGGAGAUGUGGUGGUAUUUAACUUUGUUGGGAGUGGAACUUAUAAUGUCAUACAGUCUGCCGGUCCAAUUGGAUCGUGCGUCAAGAAGAAAACCAACUCAAGUUCUUUGACUCCAUUUCAAUCAAAAAACAACACCAAACUAUCGAUAGCCGUUACCGACGACAUUGUUGAUGCACCUGGAAACAUAUUUUUUUAUUGUGGAGUGCGAGAUCAUUGUAAAUAUGGCAUGUGGGGCGUAAUUUAUGUUCCAAAUAGUAAAAUCUCUUCGACUUCUUCAUCUACUACGACCGCAACUUCAGAUAACAAUUCGGAAAGUAGCACAAGUUCAUCAGCAACUUCGUCACCUGUUGCAGACAACAGCACUGAAAGUGGAAGCACGCCAAAAAAUCGCGCCCGUCUAAACACCCCAGACGGCAACAGUACCCGAGAGAUCACUGGGGACGACAAAUUUGUAAAUCAAGACCGUCAACGACACCACAUGACAGAACAAAUUCAGGAUAUUAUUAUUGGUCGAUACGAUUAUAUUUGA